AUGAAAGCAGACAACACAAACGAAAGCGAUAUCGAAAGGAACAUGGAGUCAUUUGCACCGCACAUGCCGCCAGAGGUGUUGCAAAUGGUAUUCCAUGAGUUGGACUUUUUCGAUCUCCUACGUUGUCAGCGUGUCUGCAAGACCUGGCGUGCAUGCCUUCCAGGCAACGACCCGAAGCUUCGUGACAAGCUGUUCGUGAACCGUACGAGGAUCCAGGAUUCCCAGGAUUGUGUCAACGACAAGGAGAAUAGUGGAGAACAUGAAUUUCCCAUACUUUGCUUCUGGAUUCCACUUUUGAAUUCAGUGGGCAUGAAGGAGUACCGAGAGUAUGCCUCUUUUGGACCCUUUGCGGACGACGCUUCAAAAGCUAUUACAGUCCAUCCUAUGGUCAACAAGCUACACAAACACCUUCACAUCGUUUUCGGCUCCUUGUUUAAAGUCGGUAGUGAUAAGCAGCAGCUGUAUCACAAAUAUCACACACAUAACGACCUGAUGGCUGCGAUUGAAGCGUCCAAGAAGAUAGUCAAAGAGAACAACGAGUCAUGGAAGGAAAUGCUAGUAUGUAUUCCGCCUCUUUCGAAGAUCAAAUUUGGAAUCGAAUUUGGAACAUACUACAGUAUCAUCGCCGAACCAACCCUUCUCCUUGACACCACUGAUUACUAUAGGCGCUAUGACAUGAUCUAUGCUGAGAACAGAGGUGGAGUAACCAUAGGUCAGGUCAUUGAUGUCAUCCACAAACACUUGCUAAAAUUUUGGGCAACACAACGCCCACCGUGUGAUACCUACAAACUGCGUUUUUCGAACACGACCGCCUAG